ACGACGCAUACUUGGUUUCUACGAUUCAGAAAAUGCUUCGUUUCCUUCUUUAUAUUCUUAUACUUGUCGAAAUCAGCAUUUCAGAAUCGCAAAUUUAUGUUUAUCCUUAUGGCUCUAAAAUGAUUUUGGUAGAACCUAACCACGAUCCUACGAAAACUUCUCGAAAUUGCUAUUUUUAUGAAGAUGGAAAAAUUGGUAACAGUAUAGGAGAGAAUAGCAAAGAUGUUGAGGAAGAAAUCAUAAAAUUUUUGAAAUGUGAAAGUGUAACUACCGAAUCCAAGAUCAGAUCUAAAAGAACCAUUAAUAAAGUUUUAAGGAAACUCGUUAUUUUUCCAGGUACAAACUGGUGUGGAGCUGGCAAUGUAUCGAACAAUGCUCGUGAUUUAGGAACAUUCGAAAAAACAGAUGAUUGCUGUCGUAAUCACGAUCAAUGUUUCGAUGUCAUCAAUGCCAAUCAAACUAAGUAUGGUCUUUAUAAUGCUGGAUUAGUAACUCUAAGUCAUUGCGAUUGUGAUGAUGAAUUUUAUGAAUGUUUAAAAGAAGUAAAUUCUCCAGCUUCCUUUUCUAUAGGAAAUUUAUUUUUUAACGUAUUGAAGAUGAAAUGUUUCCGUGAAGAUUAUCCAAUUAAAGGAUGCAUAAAAGAGACCGGAAUUAUCAAGGUAUGCCAAGAAUACGAAUUUGAUGUAGAAAAGCCUAAAGAAUGGCAAAUGUUUGAUCCUAAAAGAUAUUAAUUUUACUUAAUGAAACAAAAACAUUAAGGUACUUCAUUCUGAUUUGUAUAUUUUCUUUUAAAAGCAUGCAAUAAAAAUAGUUUUAUUAGACAUAGUAAAUAACAAUUUCGACAAAUCGUUACAUUUCAGAUCAAAGUUGUUAUAAAGAGAUAACUUAUAUUUAAAAAUAUACAUAUAUAUUAAAUGUUUAUAUAAUUAAAUCUCUGAACAACGUCCACUGAUCAAUUAUUUACUUUAUUAAUUGAUAAAGCUUACAAAUGUAACGAAACAUUAAAACAU